AUGAUUACCUCAGACGAAAAUAGUUUUAAACUACAGCGCACCUCAUCGUUAAAGGAAAGAGAUGUUAGACACGUUAGGAUUGAUGAUGUGAAGUACCUCUACGAGAUAUUCGAGUUCAAAGAGGAAAUAGGCCACGGAACUUUUGGGAUCGUAGUUUCUGCUAUAGAAAAACAAACCAACGCUCAAUAUGCAAUCAAGAUAGUGAACAAAUAUUCGGCGGGCGCUGCAAAACUGAAGGAAACCCAGCGAGAAAUAAAAAUACUCAAGUCGGUUUUGCAUCCGAAUAUUAUUCUUUUGGAGAAAGUAUUUGAAUCGACUAAAAAAAUUUACAUGGUCUUCGAGCGAUGUAGAGAGACGUUAUUUUGUAAAUAUAACUUAUUCAAACCAUUCACUGAAAAAAUUAGUCGCAAAAUUAUGAGGCAGUUAGUUGGUGCCGUUUAUUACCUCCACAAACAUGAUAUCGUUCAUCGCGACAUCAAAAUGGAAAAUAUUCUAUUAGCAGAUAAUAUAGAUGAUCCAAGCGAUGAGUAUUUCAUAAAAUUAACUGAUUUUGGUUUGAGCAUCAUCAAAUCAGGUUAUGGAAUCCAAAGUAUGCUCAGCGACAGAGUUGGCACUAUAAUUUAUAUGUCCCCAGAAAUAUUAAGAUCCCGUACUUAUAGCGAGUUGUGUGACGUUUGGGCAAUAGGAGUUAUUUUGUUUAUGUUGCUUUUUGGCAGAUAUCCAUUUUACGCUAAGAAUGACGAACAUCUUGUGCAGAAAAUUUGUGACACUGAACCGGAAUAUUCAGUGUCCCAAGUCAAUAGCGACUGUAUCGAUUUGUUGAAAUCCACUCUACUCAAAGAUCCAGUCAAAAGAAUUACCGCCUUAGAAAUCUUGAAGCACCCGUGGCUUGUAGACAAUAAAAUGAAGAGUAGAAAAGACGAAACCAUAAUCGAUUACAUGAAAAAGUGGAGGAGUGAGAUGAUGUUGCCCGGAGAGGAAUCUGACUGGAUUUCCGCAAUCCUAGAUAUAAAUGUGCCGGAAAUAUCUACACUGCAUUCUCCUACAAAUAUAAAUGGCAGGGUUUCCCAAACGAGUAUCGGAUUUCUGUCACAAUAUAGUAAUCUCACGAGUGCUGUCAGUUCUAUCGCUAAACCGCCGUCAGUGUUCACCUUAACCAAAGAUCAACCAAAAGAGAAAUAA